AUGUCUCAUGGCACACAUUUUCCUAUUGGCACUGAAGGUGCACGAAUCCCCGCUCUGGGAUUUGGAACUUUUCAACCAGACCAUAACCCAGAAGCUGGCGUGACCGAGGCUGUCCUUCGGGCGCUUGAGGCGGGGUACCGACAUAUUGAUACGGCUUGGAUGUACGGCAAUGGUGAAGCCGAACGAGGUGUUGGGAAAGCUCUUAGAAAGUGGAACGGUAAACGAGAAGAUGUUUUUAUUGUCACCAAAUUGGCGAAUGCGCACCACAAGCCAGCUGAUGUCGCGGCGGCCUUGGAGCUCAGCCUGAAGAAUCUCGGCGUGGACUAUGUUGACUUGUACUUGAUGCACACUCCUGUCGCAUAUGAACGAGUUGGUGAAGGCGAGAAUGAAUGGUUGACUGCCCGGUUUCCCGAUGGGAAGCCUAAACUCGAUAUGCCAACCACCCAACGCUACGAUCUCACAUGGACGGCCAUGGAGCAGCUCGUCAAAGCUGGCAAGGCCAAACACAUAGGUGUUUCCAACUUUAGCGUCAGGAAGCUGCAAAAGGUCCUCAGAACAUGCAAAAUUAAGCCAGCUGCGAAUCAGGUCGAGGUUCACCCAUUUCUCCUUGAGACCGACUUGAUCCAGUUUUGCAACGAAAACGGUAUUCAUGUCACGGCAUUCUCCCCACUGGGUGGCAAGCCAGUCGCGGCGGUGGCUGCCAAUGCCGAUGUUCCAGGGCCACUACAGCAUGAAGUGGUCAAAUCCAUCGCCGAAAAACACAGCAUGUCACCAGGCCAGGUGCUUCUCAAAUGGGGCUUACAGCGCGGCACCAGCGUCAUCCCGAAAGCGUAUACUCCUUCGCACAUUGCCGACAAUUUUGCUGUUUUGGAGUUGCCCGAUCUUACAAAGGAGGAUUGUAUUGCAAUUGAUGAGAUUAGAAAAGAGCACGGCGAAGUUAGGUUUAUCAAUUACCUCUCGCAUUGGGGCUUCGAUAUAUACAGUCCGGGGCCAGAGGACCCCACCGAGGAGCCCGAGAUUCUCUCCUGA